AUGGAAGAGGGACUUCACGCCGAAGGAAGUGCGGUGCUGGCACGAUCCGCGCCAGAGUGUCAGGAGGUAUUGGAGCAACUUGAGUCUUUCUUGGACGACGAGGACUUGCUGCAGCAGGUGCAAAAGCUUCGCGAGAGCGGCAAUGAGCAUGUCCGACAAGGCCGCUACGCAGAUGCAGCCUGGUGCUAUGAGGACUGCUUGCAA